AUUUAGUAAGCUUUGUAUCGUCGAACUCUAAGGAUUUGUUUUUUGAAGUUUUAGUCAACCAAAAUGGCGGGAUUCGCGAGAGUAAAUGUAAACGAAAGCGUUUGGGAAAUUCCAAACAUAUAUGAGUUGGUCAGACCCCUUGGCGCCGGUUCUUUUGGUCAGGUCGCCAAGGUGAGGCUAAUUGGGAGCCAAAAUUACGUGGCUAUGAAAAAGCUGUUGCAGCCUUUCGAGCAAGAGGAGGACGCCAAGGGAACUUAUCGCGAGAUCCGUUUGUUGAAGCACAUGAAUCACCCGAACGUCAUUCGCCUGCUGGACGUUUUUCACCCGCCUUUGCAGAUGAACGAUUUUCAGCAGGUUUAUCUGGUGACCCAUCUAAUGGACGAGGACCUGCACAGUUUCUCCCACGCAAACAGGAUUUCCGAGUACCAUAUUAGGUAUAUCCUUUACCAAAUAUUACGAGGUCUGAAGUACAUUCACAGUGCCGGCGUCCUUCAUCGUGAUUUGAAGCCCGGUAAUAUUGCAGUGAAUCAAAAUAUGGAGGUGCGCAUACUUGACUUUGGUUUAGCCCGUCUCUCCGCCGAUGAUAUGACCGAUUUUGUGGGGACCCUGUGGUAUCGGGCCCCCGAACUACUCUUCCUCUGGGAUAAGUACACGAAGGCCAUCGAUAUGUGGUCUGUGGGUUGCAUCCUGGCCGAACUUAUAUCCGGUCGUGCCUUAUUUCCUGGAAGAUGCUAUAUGAAUCAACUCGAGCGCCUGCUUGACAUAAUGGGUAGACCGUCGGAUCAGUUUGUCAGCGGAGUAACCAUCGAGCAUGCUCGCAAUUACUUGAGGAUGUACCCGAAUCGGAGAAGAUGUGAUUUCAAUCAGAUGUUUCCGGAUGCCAAUCCUUUGGCCGUGGAUUUAAUGGAGAAAAUGCUCGAAAUGAUACCCGAAAGACGCAUUACAGCCGAGGAGGCAAUGCACCAUCCGUUCCUUAGCGAUUUAAUUGAUCCACGCCAUCAUGACGAGGACGUCGCACCAGCGUAUGAUCAAAACUUUGAAAAUAUGAUACUGAAUGUGAAUUGCUGGAAGGAGCUUAUAACCAAUGAGAUACGAAAUUUCAAACCGCCUCCGUUUUUUGCUGCGGCCUUGGAGAGGGCGUAUGUUCACUGCAUACAAUAAGUUUCUAAUUUUAAGAUAUUGCUAUAAUUUAUGUUAUUAUUGCAAAUUACUAUCUGUAACCUUUAAAAAAUAAUUGUUAAGAAUUAUAUAAACAAGUUAUGCAAGAAA